CUGCUGGAGGAGGAGCUCAGCGCGAGGAGCAGCACACUCCUGCUUGAUCCUCUGUUUCCCAUUACCAGGCGUUUGGAUGUAGCAUCUGCAUUCAGGCAGCAGCAGCAGCAGCAGCAGCAGCACUAUGUGGAGACUAAGCUGCAGGCGCCGGGUGUCAGCUCUCUGCCUCGGCUGCCUGCCCUGGAUCUCUGGCUUCUUGUUACACACUGCAACUCUCCUGAGCAUGGGACUGGGAUAUGCACAAGGGCUGCAGGUGACAUCCACCGGCCCACUGGUCAUCCAGAAGGCAGAGGGCGAGAGUGUGAUUCUGGGCUGCGGCUACACACUGAGCCCCUUUGACAGCGGAGAACUCGACAUCGAGUGGUCGGUGGUCAGUCCGGACACCACGAAGAAAGAUCAGAUGCUGUUGUCCUACACCGGCGGCACUGAAUACGUCCACGGCGACGCCGCUCUCGCACACGGGCUCCGCUUCGCCGCCCCUGACCCCUCGAGAGGUGACGCUUCACUUUCAGUCGCUGCGCUGUCACCUGCGCACAGUGCGACCUACCAGUGCAAGGUGAAGAAAUCACCUGGAGUGGACACGCGCAAGGUGUCACUGGAGGUGAUGGUGAAGCCGUCUGUGCCUAAGUGCUGGGUGGAGGGGGGGGAGCUGCUGGGGGAAGCUGUGGCUCUGCACUGUCAGUCUGCACGAGGCUCCGCUCCCCUCACAUACUCGUGGAGGAGAGAGGAGGCCCCCAUCCCUGAUACAGCCACGCAGAACCGUGUGACCGGCGAGCUGAGAAUCAGCAACCACUCGCAGAGCUUGGCAGGAUUCUACCUUUGUGAGGUGAACAAUGCUGUGGGAGCCGAGCGCUGCAGGAUCAACCUGAAAGCAAACAAACCUCCAAACAGAGCGGCGGUGAUUGUCGGCACCGUCGUGGGCUCCCUGCUCCUCAUCCUCAUCCUGCUGCUCUUCAUCGGGCUCCUUUACUGGAAGUUGAGCGGCAGAUUCCGCUACGAGAAGGAAUUCUCCAAUGAGAUCAGAGAGGAUGUCCCGCCUCCUGAGAGCCGUCCUGCCAGUCGCCACACGAGCCGGACUGUCAGUCAGCACCCACGGGUGACCUACAGUCCGGUGGGAGGGGGUGGGACUGAAGUGAGCUCUCUCAGUGACGGACCCACACAUCCACCCUCCUGCUCCACACCAGUCAAAAGCAAACCGGUCGAAUACGACGACAGGAACGGACACGCAGUUUGAACCAAACUGAGGAAAAUCUACCUCCCGUCGUUGAAGAGAAGAGUCGAGAAAGUUUGGGAAGUUGAAUUUUUGAAAAUGCGAGUUACAGAGUUUCAUGAACUGAACUCGAAGCUGUGCAAUGUGAACAUUUGUUAUUUAAAAGAAGUUUUCUUCUAGAGCUAAACAAUGAAGUUAUUACAUUUUAUAUUCUGAUUUCUUUUGGUCAAAAUGUUUUUUAUAAUUUGCAAUAAAGCAUUAAAAAUAAA